UUUCUGCGCGCUAGCAGGAUGCACGAGCGGAGACAGCGAGGCUGAUAGUCAUAUCGACAGGGAUAGAAGCAGAUAGCCCCUUAGGGGAGGAAGGAAAGUCGGAUUACUAGCUACCUCAGUGCACCACAUUCACCACUAUUUCACUUCUUAUCCUUCAAUACUCCGGCUGAUGUGAAUAACAAACUGAAUUUGUGCAUGAGGCAGAAAUAAUGUGGUGCGACUCGAGUUUCGCCAUCAGUGUAACGGAUUUCCUCCUCUUCGUCUGAGGAGGAGUAAGGAUCGGACCAAAGCGCAGCGUGCAUCAUGUCGGUAAACGCCCCCAGCAGCAAUGACGCCUGCCUGAGCAUCGUGCACAGCCUCAUGUGCCACCGGCAGGGUGGCGAGAAUGAGGGUUUCGCCAAGCGUGCCAUCGAGAGCCUGGUGAAGAAGCUCAAGGAGAAGAAGGACGAGCUGGACUCGCUCAUCACCGCCAUCACCACCAACGGUGUGCACCCCAGCAAGUGUGUCACCAUCCAGAGGACCCUGGACGGACGCCUGCAGGUUGCAGGGAGGAAAGGCUUCCCCCAUGUGAUCUACGCUCGAUUAUGGCGCUGGCCAGACCUACACAAGAAUGAGCUAAAGCAUGUAAAGUUCUGCCAAUACGCCUUCGACCUCAAAUAUGACAAUGUGUGUGUCAACCCUUACCACUAUGAGAGAGUGGUUUCGCCCGGCAUUGUUGGUCUCAGUCUCCAAAAUACAGCCCUCUCUCCUCUAGGCCCCCCUGGGAGGCUGAUCAAGGAGGAGUAUAUUCAUGACUGUAUCCAGAUGGAUAUGCCACUAGGCAUAUCCCCCCACCCAGGGGCGCUCAAGCUACAGCCUCCGGACCACUACGGCCAGCCACUCCCGCCUCUGCAGCUCCCGCCCGAACCGCAGCGGGCACCUCUGCCCAUCACCCUCUACCCCAACAUGCCCCUCUCACCCACAGUGUCCGGCUCUAUGCUGCCUCUCCAGGGAGGUCACAGUGAGGGGCUCCUACAGAUAGCCUCUCCUCAGGGUCAGGUCAUGACCCCUAUGACCCCCACGCCGCCCCCCUCCACCCCAACACACGGGCUGCCACACGGGUCACCGCAGAACCCCCAGCCACCCCAGCCCCCGCCUGGUCAGAAUGGAUACAACAGCUCCAAACACACACAGUCACAGGCUGCGUUCCACACAACUUGGACAGGUAGUAGCACAGCCUCCUACACUCCUGUGGGACCCCAACAACAGAAUGGGCGUGGCCACCAACAGCCUCCUCUCCACCAUCCAACCAGCUUCUGGUCUCAGCAUCAUGGCUCAGCCUCAUUUCCUCCCCCUGUGUCCAAUCAUCCAGGGCCAGAGUUCUGGUGCUCCAUCUCCUACUUUGAAAUGGAUGUGCAGGUGGGGGAGAUGUUCAAGGUGCCGGCUAGCUGCCCGGUGGUGACAGUGGACGGCUACGUGGACCCCUCAGGGGGUGACCGCUUCUGUCUGGGCCAGCUAAGCAACGUCCACCGCACCGACGCCAGCGAAAGAGCCAGGUUGCACAUAGGUAAAGGAGUGCAGCUGGAGUGUCGUGGCGAGGGAGAUGUGUGGAUGCGUUGUAUGAGCGACCACGCCGUGUUCGUGCAGAGCUACUACUUGGAUCGAGAGGCAGGUAGAGCGCCAGGCGACGCAGUACACAAGAUCUACCCCGGCGCCUACAUCAAGGUGUUUGACCUGAGACAGUGUCACAGGCAAAUGCAGCAGCAGGCAGCUACAGCGCAGGCAGCGGUAGCAGCUCAGGCUGCCGCCGUGGCAGGCAACAUCCCUGGGCCAGGCAGCGUUGGAGGCAUAGCCCCUGCAGUCAGUCUUUCUGCAGCAGCAGGGAUAGGUGUAGACGACCUCCGGAGGCUGUGCAUCCUGCGUCUGAGCUUUGUGAAGGGCUGGGGCCCUGACUACCCCCGGCAGAGCAUCAAACAUACCCCCUGUUGGGUGGAGGUACACCUGCACCGGGCUCUGCAGCUGCUGGACGAGGUACUACACACCAUGCCCUUGGCCGACCCAGGACCUGCUAACUGAGUAAAAGGAAAGAGGAUCCGUUAAAAAUCCAUACUGGGUUAAGAACGUACAAUCACACACACACACACACACACACACACACACACACACACACAGCAGUAAAAAUGUAUGUUUUUGUCAUACCCGUGAUAUGCUGUCAGCCAAUCAGCAUUCAGGGCUCGAACCACCCAGUUUAUAAAGGCUGAUACAGAUUGAUACAUGCACAUACAACCACAUGCAUGUUUCUGUUCUAUAUAACGCACACAAUGUAGAGCUACUCAAAGCCCCACAAAGGCUAUCCUCAAUCUCUCCGUCACACACUCAAGCAGCCAACAAUCACUGCACUCUCCUUAACCACUUGUACUGUCUCCCACACGCCCAUGCAACCACUAACCAAACCUGUGGGCAUGCAGAUAUAAAACUACUGAUGUCCUGAUCAUACUUUCCAUGUUUUGUGAACAUUAAUUAUUGUUUCACAGCACAAACACCACAAAGCAGCCUUGACCCCUGAAUUACCUUUCAUAGAGGUUCUAUAUUAUAGUAUAAACAGGUAACAUUAGUGAAAAUGUAUACUGAGUAAUUUAUGUUUAUUCUUCUAUUCUCUACAGAAAUAGAAAUGCACUGUAGAAAUCUAUGGAUGCUUUUCAGAGAUCCAGUGUUCUGACAUGAUACAAGCACUUUAGUACUCCUCAAAUGCACACACAAUCCACACUUGCUCAUUUCCUUCUUACAUGUACACACAAACACACACACACACACACACACACACACACACACACAUCAGAAAUACAGAGAUGACCCAAACCCAGGAGGACUAAAGAUCUUGACCUAAAUAACUCAUGAACAAUUUGUCAAACACAAAUCUCACACUACAAAAUCAGAUUUGGAUUCCGAUGUUAACCUAGAAGAUGUACAGAGUUUUUGGUAAAUCCAGACCAAUAGAACAGAUGCUUUAUAUCGGUGAUUAGAACCUGGGUCACAGAACCAAAAUGUCUCGGGACUGUGAAGAACACCAGAGUGAUGGAACCAGCGUCCUAAUUAAUCUAGCCAGCCAUCCUUUUGUCAUCUCUGUGUGUGUGUUGUGUUCUCCUGUGUGUGGAUCUCAACUCAAAUAGUUAGUCAUUCUUAUCUUGUUAGCCCUAUAAUAACACAGGGCACUUUUCUCAAGCUAAUUUAUUUUCUUACCAAAAGGUGAAAAAAGCCAAAAAAAUGUAAGCUUUAAAAUAGUGGUGUGGGUAUUUGUGAUGAAGCAGUACAGUGUAUGUAACCAAACAGUUUGCCACACGGCGGAACUCACCAAAGCCAGAAUACCUCAUGAUAACAGUGUAAACCCACAGUUUGUCUUUUAGCCAAAACCUCAGACGCUCAGUAUUUUCUCUUGUAAGUUCCUCCUUAAGGCGUCCGCAUGCUUCCCAGCCGAAACAGUUUGUGCAUAUAUUAUGACAACAUUUUGUGAGGUUUUUGUUUGUUUUGGACUUCGGUAAAGAGUUUUUUCAGCUGUUUGGGUACGCAAAUGUUUUUCUCGAGGCCAGCCGACGUUCAGGAGCCGAAGUCUACGCCCCUUCGUCCGUAAUUAGUCAACUGUGGGGAUUCUUCAAUAAAGUCUUUGGGUGUGUUUGUAAAUUUCCUUCAGUAUGACAGAGUGCGCUCUGGGUCGUUCGUAAAUUCAGAGUGUUGUCAGAUUGUCGGUUCUAAAUUCCGACCAUUUCGCUCUCGGCGUGUUCAGAGCGCACACUGGAUUCUCUGGCUGACGAGUAGGGUUGAUCCGAGUGUUCUGACCUCAACGGCAGUCAAGCACCCAAGCUAACUAGCUAAAGUUGGUUAGUUUGCUAGCUACUUGCAGGCACAAAUGAGAGAACACGUCACUCUGACCAUUUUACUCGCCCUAGCAGAGCUGGUUAGGCUGUUUUCAUGUUAUCUAGAGCAUUAGUGACUUUAACUGUGCUGCUGGCGACAAUUAAAUUCAGUUUUUUUGCAGACACUGGUCAUAUUCAUUGGGUGUUGCACAUUUGUAAAUUCAUCAGUUAUUCUGUGCUCUGGCACACUCAGACAAGAGUGCUCUGAAAUCGGAGUAAAUAGUCCGAGUAAAUUUACGAACGCAUGGUUGUCACUCAAUGAGAAACAACAUGUUUUCAUGCUAAUUGUUUCCUUGAGAAAUACUGCACCUUAGUUAGAUGUAAAAUUACACGACUAAGAUCUCCCAUGUAAAAACGUCAAAAUGAAUGACAGAUUUCUUGAGUUAUCUUAGAUUCAUUCUGACUUUUGAGGAAGUGUAUACUGGACAAACAGUACGAUUGACACUUUUUUCUCAUUUUUCGAGGGAGUAUGCGAGCACACUCUUUCGGUUCGCCUAGCCAACUUUGGCUAGCCGUCAGCCGAACUGAAGCAUGCUGACGCCUUUAAAGCCUCAUAUCACACUAUGCCUUUCACCAAAUUAAUAUAAGAUGGAAUAUGGAAUAGACCCACAAUGAAGCCUUGGGGAACACCAAGACAUGAUCCCGGCAGUUAUACAGUAGUUAUUAGGCUUUAAAAGUUGAAAUCCAGUGACUCGUGGGAAUAAUGUUUUGAGAAGAAACCCAACACAACUUGUAAAAAUAUCAUUGUAAUAGGAUGCCCCAACUUUGGAUACAAUGAUUAAUUCUCAAUCAGUUUAAAUUAGGCCAUAAUAAUAUCACUUAUACUGUGACAAAAUAUUAAGAACAACUUCCUAAUAUUGAGUUGCACCCCCUUUUGCCCUCAGAACAGCCUUAACUCGCACGGACAUUAGCUCUACAAGGUGUCAAAAGUGUUCCACAGGGAUGCUGGCCCAUAUUGAUUCCAAUGCUUCCCUCAGUUGUGUCAAGUUGACUUGAUGUCUUUUGGGUGGUGGACCAUUAUUGAUACGCACAGUAAACUGCAGGUGUCCUUAAUGUUUUGUACACUCAGUUUAGGUCACUUUGGAAAACAUCAAAUGUAUCUUUGGAAUGAAAGAUGACAUUCCUUUGCAUUCAUUUCAAUCAGGUACCCUAGUUUUGGUAACGAUCAACCUCAAGCCUACUGAAGUGAAGUUAUGACCGAUGUUCUAACAUUGAUGCAUAAUACGACAUGCAAGCUCAUCAUUUAAGACAGCAGCCGGAAGAAGUAGGCUAGGCUUCAUGAUGUUGCGUUGAAAAAACCUGGACUGAAUGCAAACCGUCACUCUAUCCAGGGGCAGGAACAUGAGUGCUUUUAUUGGCUCCUUCCUGUGCUCUUGUGCAUUUGAUACAUGUGCCUUUCCGUUCUCCAAGUCAGGCUGUUUAGGGAUGUACUUCACAGAUGCUAGGGUUUAUGUCAUCCAUAAGUUGGACAUCUCCAAAGCAUGACAAUUUCAUCCAGUUGGAGUGUAAUUUCUACUAAGCCUACAUGUUGGCAACAUACCCUAUGGUCAAGGUCAAAAAGGUCAAUUCUUUCCCCCACAGUUAUCAAAUCAGAGGUGUCCAUUUAUAAUCACUGUUUGUGAUUUGUGCUUUUAGUUUUGGUCAAAGUAGAUGACACCCCUCACAGUGGAUUGUAACACAGACAAUACUUUGUCUUCCUUUGUCUGUAGAUAUACAGUACCAUGAUAUAUGGGUUGUCAUCUCGAUAGGUUUAUCCCUUCUGUUGAGUGUGUUGGUUGGGUGGGAAAUAGAAAAUAACACAGCUCAAGUGCUUUGUACACGUCACUGAGUUUUGCUGAUCAAUUUGGGCAAUGCAGCAAUAAGAAGUGAAACGUGUUGAGCUCAACAGCCCCUGAGUUAGAUUGAGCACAACAUAUAGUGGUUCCCUCAGGUACUGUGUUACAGCCCCAUUGUAGGUGUUAUUACAUAACACUUUAUUAUUGCAUCAGGCUGGUAUUGGAUUAAUACUGUUUGACAGUUAUAACUCAACUAUCCAUAUAGCCCUUGUAGUGUUAUUUAGCCUUGCUGAAAUAUUAUGCUACUAAGGUGUCUAAUGGAAUUGGAAAACUUGUUGCCCUUUGAAACUGCCCAUGCACUCCACACACCUAUGUCACAAUUUAUUUCAUUAUUUGUCACUUAGGCUCCACGUGUCUGGGAGUGUUACGUAUUCAGGGAUGAAGAGAGGUUUAAAACUAUUGUUGCUCCAUCUAUGGCUCUGCUUAUCAUAGUGCUAUAUCUACCCAACUACAUUUCCACUCAACCAAUGCUUUAACCAUUGAAAAUAGGGUUGCAAAGCUACCUGUAGUUUACCAAAGUUACCAGAAUCCUUAUUAAUUUUGGUAAUUAACAGAAAAUAUAUGGCAAUCUAUUGUAACUUUGGUCAUUUAUACUUGAAUAACUUAAAAAAAAAAAAAAGUAUUCAUAUAUAGUAUUCCUGUUUUUUUUAUAUCUGUAUCCAUAUUGUCCAUGAGUUUCUAGUAUAUAGACCAUACGGUUCAAGAGAAAAUAGUCUUAUUAAUGAAAAAUCAACAAUGGCAUUAUUUAGAUUUAACUCUGCAACUCUUCCAGCUAUUGACUUUUGUUUUACAACUGCCACCAGUUUGAUGCAAAAACAUUGACAACAAAUACAUAUUGACAUAGUAAAAUAAAUAUAUAUAUAUACACUACCAGUAAAAAGUUUUAGAACACCUCCUCAUUCAAGGGGUUUUCUUUAUUUUUUACUAUUUUGUAGAAUAAUUGUGAAGACAUCAAAACUAUUAAAUAACAAAUAUGGAAUCAUGUAGUAACCAAAAAAGUGUUAAACGCAUGAAAAUAUAUUUUAUAUUUGAGAUUCUCAAAUAGCCACCCUUUGCCUUGAUGACAGCUUUGCACACUCUUGGCAUUCUCUCAAACAGCUUCACAUGGAAUGCCUUUCCAACUGUCUUGAAGGAGUUCCCACAUAUGCUGAGCACUUGUUGGCUGCUUUUCCUUCACUCUGCGGUCUGACUCAUCCCAAACCAUCUCAAUUGGUUGAGGUCGGGGAAUUGUGGAGGCCAGGUCAUCUGAUGCAGCACUCCAUCACUCUCCUUCUUGGUAAAAUAGCUCUUACACAGCCUGGUGGUGUGCUGGGUCAUUGUCCUGUUGAAAAACAAAUGAUAAUCCCACUAAGCCCAAAGCAGAUGGGAUGGGGUAUCACUGCAGAAUGCUGUGGUAGCCAUGCUGGUUAUGUGUGCCUUGAAUUCUAAAUAAAUCACAGACAGUGUCACCAGCAAAGCACCCCCCCACCAUAACACCUCCUCCUCCAUGCUUUACGAUGGGAAAUACACAUGCAGAGAUCAUCCGUUCACCCACACCGCAUCUUACAAAGACAUGGCGGUUGGAACCAAAAAUCUCCAGUUUGGACUCCAGACCAAAGAACACAUUUCCACCGGUCUAAUAUCCAUUGAUCGUGUUUCUUGGCCUAAGCAAGUCUCUUCUUCUUAUUGGUGUUCUUUAGUAGUGGUUUCUUUGCAGCAAUUCAACCAUGAAGGCCUGAUUCACACAGUCUCCUCUGAGCAGUUGAUGUUGAGAUGUGUCUGUUACUUGAACUCUGUGAAGCAUUUAUUUGGGCUGCAAUUUCUGAGGCUGGUAACUCUAAGGAACUUAUCAUAUGCAGCAGAAGUAACUCUGGGUCUUCCAUUCCCAUGGCGGUCGUCAUGAGAGCCAGUUUCAUCAUAGAAAUUAAUGGUUUUUGCGACUGCACUUGAAGAAACGUUCAAAGUUAUUGACAUUUUCUGUAUUGACUGACCUUCCCAGAGUCGCCUCUUCAUUUUUGACAUUGAGACUGGGGUUUUGCGGGUACUAUUUAAUGAAACUGCCAGUUGAUGACUUGUGAGGCGUCUGUUUCUCAAACUAGACACUCUAAUGUACUUGUCCUCUUGUUCAGUUGUGCACUGGGGCCUCCCACUCCUCUUUCUAUUCUCGUUAGAGCCAGUUUGUGCUGUUCUGUGAAGGGAGUAGUACACAGCAUUGUACGAGAUCUUCAGUUUCUUGGCAAUUUCUCGCAUGGAAUAGCCUUCAUUUUCAGAACAAGAAUAGACUGACAGGUUUCAGAAGAAAGGUCUUUGUUUCUGGCCAUUUUGAGCCUGUAAUCGAACCCACAAAUGCUGAUGCUAAAGAAGGACAGUUUUAUUGCUUCUUCAAUCACAACAACAGCUUUCAGCUGUGCUAACAUAAUUGCAAAAGGGUUUUUUAAUGAUCAAUUAUCCUUUUAAAAUGAUAAACAUGGAUUAGCUAACACAAUGUGCCAUUGGAACACAGGAGUGAUGGUUGCUGAUUAUGGGCCUCUGUACGCCUAUGUAUAUAUUCCAUUUUAAUCAGUUGUUUCCAGCUACAAUAGUCAUUUACAACAUUAACAAUGUCUACACCGUAUUUCUGAUCAAUUAGAUAUUUUAAUGGACAGAAAAAGUUGCUUUUCUUUCAAAAUCAAGGACAUUUCUAAGUGACCUCAAACUUUUGAACGGUAGUGUAUAUUUAUACAUGUAAAUAUAUUUCACACUAAAACCCUCAUAUUAAACAUCAACGGUAUUCACUAAAUUGAUUGUUUAUAUUUAGGACAAUGUUUUACAGCUUAUAUUUGACAUGUGAUACGGCUACACAGAGGGCCAGAGAUAAAUACAGACACCUGUGAUAAUCUGAGUGACUCAAAAGGGCCACCUGAUGUCUUGUGAUAAUUGUAGUAUCUUUAGGUAGUUUAACUGAAGUUCUCCAGUAAUAUACCCUCCCUUUGUAACCCUAAUUGAGACCCAUGCCAUGUUCCUCUGCAUUUGACCACAUUCAAACUGAUACCUGUCACCAAAGAGAACGUGAGUGAGAUGACGGUCACUCAACAGGAAUCAUACAUCAUUCCAUAAAUAAAUGAACUAUUUCCUUUUUAAAACAGAAAAUAUAUAGACAAUAUGUUGUCAAGUGUGAAAUGACUCAAUUUGGCUAUUUUAUGGAUAUUGUUAUUUCUAUUAUUGUUGCAAUUGUAAUUAUUUUAUUGUAAAAAAAAACGUGCUGCUCUUGUAAUGUUGACUGUACACCCAAGUGAAAUAAAAAAUACAGCAUUGUAAUUUUAA